AUGGCAAGUAACGAUCGCAAGCGUAAGCAUACCCGCUGGAACAAUAAGUUUGUCGAUUCAUCUGCGGUUUUUUCAAAGUAAGAUUUAGAGUGAAGCAAAAAUCGGUCGAGGCCGGUGUUUCUGGACUAUUUUUCACUUGUGACGGUCGCGAAAAGGACGCCCUUCACGAAGCGUAUUGUAUUAUCGAUGAGCUCUUGGAAAACACUUCUAAUGGUUCAAAAAUUUUCCGGAAAUUAUUGUCGAAAGAGUCUUUUUCAAGGAAUCUCAACCGAAAAAGAAGAGGUUAAGGAGGAAAAUUCGGGUGAUGAAUCUGAAGAAGAUAUCGCCGACGCUCUGAAAAAAGCCUGCGACGACGAGAGAACCGCAAAAACGCCUGGGAACAAGAAGGAAAGGAGGUUUUGAAGCGAUUUUCGAUGUCGAGCCGGUUUUUAACAUUUUUAGGUGCAAGCAAAGGCCAACCGGUGUCAAAAAUUGUCUUUUUAUCGCUGUUAAAGGUUGAAAAAUCGUUGAAAUCUUGGAAAAAUCAAAAAAUACAGACGCCGACGCGAUAUUACUAGCCGAAAAAAUGGUGGAUUUGACUCAAAAAUCGCCAAGAUGUCGGCAUUUGCAAGUGAAUUUUGGUAUUUUUAUCAAGUUACUUAUAUUUUUAGCGAGUUCUUCCCGUUGAAAGCACGGCUGAGAUCGAUUUGCAGAAAUUGAACGACCUUGUUGCCGCGGUUUUUCGAUGAUUUUUCCGUUUUACUUGAAAUUUUUAGGCCAUUUCAAAAUAUUUGGUGAAGAAGAGCGACGAUUCCUGGCCGACUUAUUCUUUGGAGUUCAAGGUUUCUUUUUUCACUAAAUUAGAAGGUGCCUGGAACUUGUGAGAGUAUUUUUAAGGUUAAAUUUUGGAAAUUUAUUUGAGUUUUUUGGACUUUUUUGGAAAUUUCGGCCGGUUUUUAUUUUUUAGAAGUAUUUCAUUAUUUAAAAAAAUCGUCAAGCCGAAAUUUUUGGGCUCAAAAAUGAAAUUUGAAUCUUUCAAGCUUUAAAAUUAGUCUUUUUUUGAAGUUUUUUUAAAGCUUGAAUAUGUUCUUAAAAUUCAUCUCAAAACCUAAAAAAAACAUUUUUCGAAGUAUUUUUUUCAUAAAUUUCCACUAAUUAGGCCCGAAACAACGAUUCCAUAUCCAAAGGCGCCGUCCUUGAAAUGCUCGACGAUGCGAUUCUUGCCUUUGCCCCUGGAGCGAAAUGCAGCCUUAGCGGUGGGGCGAAUUUACCCAAAAAUGACGUCAUAUUUUGAAUUUUUCCCGAUUUUUAGGAGCCGAAGUGACUCUCUUCGUGCAAGUUGUUCGCACGACGAUGAUGGUCGGAGUUUGCAGGGAUUUCUAUGGCCGACGGAAGUACAGUAUGCGGCCGGCGGGUCCUGACACGAAAAAUGAAUAG